CUGAGCACGCGACUCACAUGUGCAAACGCGGCCCCGCGAUUGAUAGCAGAAACUCUGUAUUUACCUGGCAUUACAUUACGUCCGUCACUUGUGGUGGAUGGGGAGUUCUUUGUCUCGGGAGUUCCCAUUUUCGCAAGCCACGGUCUCAUUCCUCGGCGACCAGAUAGAUUAAGGGACGAAGAAGAACAGAAACUUGACACCGGCGCCCAGAUUCCAACUGCGACAAUUAUAGGUUUCUGUCGUUGCAGAACCUUGUCUUCCCCUCAAGCGCUGGAGACACUUGUGAAGCUCGUUACUACCUGCGUCAUUGAAGCCAUGUCACAUUCAGCUUCACAUAAUCAAACCCCCAAGCUGGCCCAGCUUCGGCGGACAAGAAUCGUCUGCAUUUCUGAUACCCACAACCAUGAAGUAAAGCUUCCCAAGGGGGACGUCUUGAUUCAUGCUGGGGAUUUGACAAAUCAAGGCACUUUCUCCGAGCUUUCCAAAGCUGUCAGAUGGCUAGAAAGUACUGAUUUCGAGGCCAAGAUAGUCAUAGCUGGAAAUCAUGAUAUCAGCUUGGAUACUGAGUUCUACGAGCAGUAUGGAACGUAUUUCCAUAAUCAGCGCCUUGAAUCGUCCGCUGACUGCAUCGACCUAUUCAAGUCGAGCCCCAGCAUAACCUACCUCUGCCAGAGCAGUGCCAAAAUACGGCUCUCGAGCCCCAGCGGGCCUCGCACAGAGUUUACCGUCUUUGGAUCUCCAUACAGCCCACGGAAUGGUCUUUGGGCCUUCAGCACGCGCGAUUCAAAUUCGUCUUCUAUUCUGUCGGACGCCACGACCGUGACAAGCAGAUCUGGCCCAACGCAUCGCAAAAGCAACCGCCCCAGCGAACCGGCAGCUUCAUUCGGCCCGUCGGCCUCAGAGCUCUGGGACGCCAUUCCUUUGUCGGCAGACAUAACUGUCACGCACACGCCGCCCCAUCGGCAUUGCGACGGGACCGGCACGCAGCGGGGAUCCCUAGGCUGCGAGACUUUGCGUCGAACGCUGUCGCGCGUACGGCCUAGGCUUGCCAUAUGUGGCCAUGUUCACGAGGCCAGAGGUGCCGAGAUAGUGCGCUGGAACUUGAAUGGCGAUCCUCAGUCCUCAGGAAGGAAUUACGAAGAGACAAGUGUCACAGUCUGGCAAGAUACAAGCGGGGUCGGGAACAAGAUGGCUCUUGUCAGCCUGACGGGUGAUUCGAGAAAGGGGAGAAAAGGGCUGGAUAAUGACGGCGUCAUCGGCGCGUCGUUGAGCAAGACGGAUGGGCCUCUGUCAGCUGAGGAGACAGAAGGAAGCAGCGAAGCCCGUGAUGUCCUUGAGAUUACCAGAAGCGGCCAACGCGGCAUUCUGCAGAACCCGACGCCCUCCGAAAAAGAACUACCGGUCUUGGCUGGCAGCAUGAGUCGUCGGGAAACGUGCGUGGUGAAUUGUUCCAUCAUGGCAAACAGCUACCCGCACUUGGGUGGCAAACGGUUCAACAAGCCGAUCGUGGUCGAUCUAGAUUUGCCUACAUGGGAAGAGAACCCUGUCGGGGCUGAGCCUCUACGCGGGGGUAGGACGCGUACUCGGAGACUAAAAAUUUCUAUGCUUCACCAUGACAUCGCACUACUGGGGCGCAAAGGUUCAACUUUCUUUGUCGUCGCAACGCAAGCCUCUUUGCCUCAGAGGCCUCCGGACGGCAGGUGUUCCCCAGUCUAG